UGAGGGAAGAUUAGAUCCCUGAGGGAGAGUGUGAUCCCUGAGGAAGGAGUUGAUCCUUGAGGAAAGUGUGAUCCCUGAGGGAGGGUGUGAUCUCUGAGGGAAGGAGUUGAUCUCAGAGGGAGGAGUUGAUUCCUGAGGGAAGGUGUGAUCCCUGUGGGAGGAUUAGAUCCCUAACAAGGGUAUGAUCCCUGAGGGAAGCUGUGAUCCCUGAUCCUGUGGCAGGAGCCGAUGGCCUUCGAGGACGUGGCGGUGUUGCUGAGCCGGGCCGAGUGGGAUGCGCUCACGGCGGAGCAGCGGGAGCUGUACCAGGACGUCCUGUCUGACACCUACGAGCUGCUGACCUCCCUGGGUUAUCCAGGCCCCAAGCCUGAUGUCCUGCACCGGCUGGAGCGCGGGGAAGAGCCGUGGAUCUCCUCAUCCCCAGGACACACUGAGAGCUGGCUGGAGGAGCCUUCCUCUGACUGGUGGCCCAGAGCCAGUGGGUACCAGGGUCUGGAGACCUCGUGUCCAGGAUGGAGCACGUUGUGGUGUCUCCAGGACAGGAACUUCCAGAAGUUUGGCUGUCACAAGGGAAGGAGCAGAGCCCCGUUGGAAGCAGCCAGUGGAGUGGGGAGCCAAAUCAAGCCAUGGCCUGUGAAGGAGGAAGUGGAGGAUAAACCUGAACUCAUGGAAGACAUAACCCACCGUGAGAUAUUCCUGCUUCAUUCCAUGAUGGAACAGCAGAGCCUGCAUCCUCGGGAACAGCUGUGGAAUGGCCCAGGGCAGAGGAGUCACAGGAAUGCCCAGAACCACGGACACACCUUGGGAGAGGCGAUGCUUCUCCCGGGGACCUGGGGGCUGCGGGUGGAGGAGCUGCGAGAGCUUGAAGGAUGCACAGAAGGCCAGAAAUUGCAGGAGGUGUCGCUCCAGAAUGUGUUCCGGAACGUUCUGAAAGCAGUCAGGUACAUACUGGACUCCAUAUGCGAGAAGUUGGAGUUCCAGGGGGUCCCCCAAGGGAAGAGCAUCUGGCCCAUCAUCAUCCAGAUUGACAACUUGACAGAGAAGAAGAAGAAGCUCUGA